AUGUCUGGCAAAAGCAAACCUGACUAUAAGGCUGUCAUGAGAGCAAUCAAAGAAUUAUUGACAGGCGAGAUUAUCAUUGGAGGCAGACAGUAUACUGGAAUAUUCAAACUGAAGCAAAUUGAUGCCAGUGGUAAUAAGUACGAUACUUACCUACUAAAAGACGGGCAAAAGGUUAAGACCUAUUUACGAGAAAAGCACCCGGAAAGAAAUGUUGACAAAAUUGUAUGUGAUUACAAGAAAAAGUUAACUAAUGCAGAAAUUGACCCAGAACAAAAAUUACCGGUUGACGAAUGGAGAAUCAAGCUAUGGAAAGAAGCUAUUGAAAACGGUUCACCUGUGUCCAGUCAGCUUGCUAAGGAAGUGUAUGAACUGUGGAAAACUACUCGACUACAGGGGAUAUACUUCACGGAAGAAGUCAAAACCUUGCUUGUAGAGUUGAGGAAGAAUCAUUGGCUUGUGUUGAUGACAAACGGUGAUUCAAAAGUUCAGAGAGAAAAAGUUUUGAUGUGUAAGGCUGAAGAUUACUUUGAUGGUAUCAUAAUCAGUGGCGAUCACCCGCAUGCAAAGCCACACCCAUCUAUAUAUGAAGUGGCUUUCAAAAUGUUCUCCGUUAAUCCCAAACAGUGCAUCAUGAUUGGCGAUAAUCUGAAAACAGAUAUUCAAGGUGGGUUGAAUUCUGGCUUGAGCUGUAAUAUUUGGAUCAACCCCUCGGAGGCAGAGCCUAGUGGUUGUGACCCAGAACCUUGUUUUAGUAUCCCAUCAGUCCUACAGUUACAAGAGGUUUUGGAUACUGUUCUGAAAAAGAAGUCGCGGUCAUUGACUCACACUUGGGAAGUUUCUCUAAUGAGUAUUUUGACAUUCUGACAUUUGUAACAUUUACAUUUUGUGACAGAAAUUAUCUUAUUGUGUUUUAUUUAUGGCAAAUAAAUGUUUUGUUUUGUUUUUGCCAUUGUACCACCAGCUAGUGUCAUAUUUGUAUCGUUAUUGCAUACUUCUUUGUAUAUUUUGUAAACAAUUUAUUUAUUGUGUUUUUGGAGGCUUGAAGUGUGACACUGCUGAAAUACCAGUUUUUUUAUAUCUCUUAACAAAUAUACUUGCUUGGUUCUACA